AUGUUAGUUGUCCGAGAUGAUCCUUAUACGAGAGAGUUCUUAGUAUAUAGUUCUGUACAUGACCGAGCGCCACAGCGUAUGCGUCUUAAGUUGCAUCAACCUCUCUCUGCUGAUGAUCUUCUCCGGCAAAUAGGACGUCAGUUAAUUGAUCCGAGUUUAACUAUGCAGUCAACAGCAGCAGUACGUGCUGCUCUUCCUCGUGGGUCGCAUCUUUUCGCUUUCAGCGCGGAGGAGAGUUGUUUUUUUCCUGUUGACGGCAAACCUGCGGAGGCGCUAAAGCAUCUGGACCGUUUACUUGUGCACAACUCCAGCGUGUUGCCAUCGCCAUCGCCAACGAGCGUGCAGUCGCCAAAAAGCUCCAGUGGCUAUAUUUCACGACGUGCGUCCACGCCGUAUGACUAUCUCUGCAGCAGCCACAUCCACUGCCCAUUCCAACAACAACACCAAUAUCAAUAUCAACAACAGCAACAACAACAACAACAGGCGCUCGCGCUGGCGGGUCGGCGCGUGCGGGGCCUUCAAGCACGAUCGACGACGCCGUUGGGUGGACGGACGUCUCCCGUCGGGCAGCAGUCGUCGGGCGGCCGAACGACUCCUCUUGGGCCGCCGUCGCGUCUGCCGCCGCUGCGGUCGGCGCUGGACAGUCCGUCAUCGCAGGCGGAUGGGGGGCCUGCGAAGAUCAUUGCAACGAUGGAAUUAAUGCUGCAGGUGACCGGCUUUCUGCUUGCGGAGUAUGUGGCUCGGGCGGUGGAUGAUGUGGUGCAGCCGACGGAGGAGAGUCUUUGGAAUCUUGUGGAGGAGUCGUUUUAUCAUGAGGGUGGAACCUCAUUGCUCUCAUUGGACUACAGUACAGUGGACGCCUUUCUGCAAACCAUUUUGCGUAGCGUGAAGAUGGGUCGAGCACAUCGAACGGUAGAUAUUCAAGCAUUGCAGGAGGAGGGUUCAAGAGAGAAUAAUUCCGGUGUAAUACCAAAUGUGUGUGAUGGAGCAAAGUCGAAAAAGUAG